AUGGAAUUUAUUCUGUGCAAAGCAUCGUACUUUUACAAAGAACGAUCUAAAUUUAAGCUGCAGGGGGCCAUCCAAGCCAAGAAGAGGGAAGAGCGCCAAGGACUUCCCGGCGCCCGUUCAGGAUCCACAUCCUUCCCGAGCGAGUUCUUGGUUGACCUCUUCCUCUUCGACCACCUCCCACAGGAUCCCUUUGCUGAGGCCAAUGCUGGGGACUCUGGUUCGGCAGCAGGAUCAAAGGACUACAUUCAUGUACGCAUCCAGCAGCGUAAUGGUCGCAAGAGUCUGACUACUGUCCAGGGAUUGAAGAAGGAGUUCAGCUACAGCAAGAUCCUUAAAGAUCUCAAGAAAGAGUUUUGCUGCAAUGGUACAGUGGUCCAGGACCCAGAACUUGGACAGGUCAUUCAACUCCAGGGUGAUCAGAGGAAGAACGUCUCGAAUUUCCUUGUCCAGGCCGGCAUUGUGAAGAAGGAACACAUCAAGAUUCAUGGUUUCUGA